CUUCAUGUAGCAAGGCAAGCAACUAUGGAAAUCGAUUGGAAUGAGAUUUUAGAUUUCGGCGACAGUGCUGUCACAGAUGUUGACUCUAAGCUAAAGAUCUUGAAAUUUAGUUAUAGUUGGGCAGAUGCCGUUGAAGAGCAGGAGAGACUUGUGGAGGCCCAAAAGCAAGAAGACAUGGAAAGAGUGCUGAAUAAAGAGAUAACAGGAGAACAGACAAAGAGCAAACACAUUGACAAUGCCAGAGAGGAAACAGAUUUUGGCGAUGAACCUGUUAAAGACUGGAGAACAAAGCUUCAGAUUUUAAAGUUUGACUAUUCAUGGGCAGAGAGGGUUGAGGAAGAGGAAAGAAGAACUGAGUUAGCUAAUACUGUGGGACAGAGAACUGGAGUGGAGAGAAGCAGACUUGAGUCAACUCAUAGAAGAAAGCAGACAGACAACUUCAGGGAAAAGAUAUAUGUUGCAAAGAAGCUUCCAAACAACUCAGUAAAAAGACAAAACUAUUCUCGAAGAAUAAAACAAGAGAUCUUCAAACCACCAACAGAACAAAGAAAGAAUGUGAACAUAUAUAACAAGAGAGAUUUUCCUAAAGAGGGCCAACAAAUUACAAACACUAGUCUAACAGAAAAACAGUCUACCACUGAAAGGAUAAAGAUAGCAGAGCUGAGAAAAGCAGAUAAACAAGUUAUCCCAGCAGAAAAGAAGUCAGCCCGGCUUAUCACAGAGAAAAAGUCUGCUGAACUUAUCACAGAGGAAAAGUCAGUUGAGCUUAUCACUGAAGAAAAAUCAGCCCAGCUUAUCCCAGAGGAAAAGUCAGCCAAGCUUAUGACAGAGGAAAAGUUGGCUGAGCUUAUCACAGAGAAUAAGUCAGCAGAGCUUAUCACAGAGGAAAAGUCAGCCGAGCUUAUCACUGAAGAAAAGUCAGCCCAGCUUAUCCCAGAAGAAAAGUCAGCUGAGCUUGUCACAAAGGAAAAGUCAGCCCAGGUUAUCACAAGAGAAAAAGAUAAAGAUAUCACAGAGGAAAAGUCAGCCAAGAUUAUCACUGAGGAAAAGUCAGCCGAGCUUAUCACUGAGGAAAAGUUAGCUGAGCUUAUCCCAGAGGAAAAGUCAGCCAAGCUUAUCACUGAAGAAAAGUCAGUCCAUGUUAACACAAAGGAAAAGUCAGCCAAGCUUAUCACAGAGGAAAAGGCAGCUGAGCUUAUCACAGAAGAAAAGUCAGCUGAGCUUGUCACUGAGGAAAAGUCAGCCAAGCUUAACAAAGAGGAAAAGUCAGCCAAGCUCAUCACAGAGGAAAAGUCAGCCAAGCUUAUCAUUGAGGAAAAGUCAGCCCAGGUUAACAAAGAGGGAAAGUCAGCCAAGCUUAUCACAGAGGAAAAGUCAGCUGAGCUUAUCACAGAGGAAAAGUUAGCUGAGAUUUUCUCAGAGGAAAAGUCAGCCAAGCUUAUCAAUGAGGAAAAGUCAGUCCAAGUUAACACAGAGGAAAAGUCAGCCAAGCUUAUCACAGAGGAAAAGUCAGCUCAGCUUAUCACAGAGAAAAAGUCAGCUAAGCUUAUCACAGAGGAAAAGUCAGCCAAGCUUAUCACAGAGGAAAAGUCAGCUGAGCUUAUCACAGAGGAAAAAGGAAAAAUCAGCCCAGGUUAG